UCACUUUCGUUCGGUCAACCGGCCACUUGUGGCGUGUCCCAUUCCGUGUGAGUUUGCGGUAAUUAGAGAGUUGGGUUACGUUCUUCGAAAGGGGAGAAGAUAGUUUAUUUAGACUGAUAGGGAAAAGGGUUCUUUCUCCCAGUGAAGUGUUUCCCAAUAAAUAUCUAUGGCAAUCGAAGAUUGCCACUUAGACGCGGUGUAAUUGCCAGUGAGUGCAGAGCGCGGUUUGUGCAGUGCAAAUAUAGUCCGCCGGGAGGCAGCUUUCUCAACUUGCUUAGGUGGGUUCAAUUUGAAUAAAACACAGCACCAAAUCGGACGACAUGAACAACGCCAUCCAAAAACUACUGAUCAUUGCAAGCCUUCUGGUGGUGGUGCUCGCAGCGCUGAACGAAGCCAAGGUCUUCACCAAAUGUGACCUGGCCAAGGAACUGGGCAAGAAUGGCAUUUCGCGAACAUUCUUCGGCAACUGGAUUUGCUUGGCCAACGCGGAAAGUGGCAUGGAUACCGCCAAGGUGACGCAGCUUCCCAAUCUUUCCGCCAGCUACGGGAUCUUCCAAAUCAACAGCAAGGAAUGGUGCCGAGCCGGUCGAAAGGGUGGAAAGUGUAAUAUGAAGUGUGAAGAUUUCCUGGACGACAUCAUUACCAACGACAUCGAAUGCGUCAAGAAGAUUCAGAUGCAGUACGGAUUCAACGGCUGGUCCGUUUGGGUGAAAAAGUGCAAAGGCAAAGAUCUGCCCAACAUUUCCAACUGUAAUAUUUAGAAACAUAGAUCGUAACGCUACACCACUUGCUUCAAAAACAGAAUGUGAUAUACUAACGGUUUCAAAAUUGCAUUUAAA